GGUUAUCGCAAUCGCGGUUGUAUAGGUAUAGGCGCAUGGAUUGUGUGUAACGUAUGAUGUAGCGUAUUCGAUAUUUUUGUGUUCUUACUGCGUAUGUGCUAGUGUAACAGCAAGCACCAGCAGCAACAAAAAGGAUGAGUGCACCACUGAAGCCAUGGGAAUCAGUCCCUCCAUGCUGUCGUCAACCCAAUGUUAACAACAGGAUGGUUCCUCCUGAUGAGUUGCGAGCAGCUGGUGUCACAGUUCCACAGUUCCAGUCUACACUGGGUGGUCCUGGCAUGGAGCCAAGCAUGACUGGUGGCCCCCCACCAGUCCCUCCUCGUCCGAUGGCUGGCUAUGGCUCAUAUUCGUCGCCCUAUAGUGGCGGAAUGUCACCGUAUGGAGGGUUCGGUGGCUUUGGUUCUGGCUUCAGUUCCGGCUAUGGCUCCGGCUACGGCGGCUUUGGCGGCGGUUACGGCGGCUUCGGCGCGGCGGGGGGUUCCUUCUAUGGGCGGCCAGGAGCGCUGGGCCCCGGCCCAGAAAGCUGGUUUAUCCAGGCGGCUGAGGAGGGAUCCCGCGGAGCAUUCGAGUCGAUCGAGUCGUUCGUCAGCGUGUUCACCUCGAUCAGUCAGAUGCUGGAGUCUACCUACAUGCUUGUUCACAGCUCGUUCCGGGCGGUGGUGGGCGUGGCGGAGCAGAUGGGCAGGAUGCGGCUCCACAUGACGGAGGUGCUCUCGGCUAUCUCGCUCGUGCGCACAUUGCGCUGGAUUGUCAACUUCCUCCGCCGCUGGCUCGGUUACCCUGAGCUGGGUGGGCCGGAGGCGGCGUGGGACGAGUCGGCCGGGCCGGCGCUGCCGUCCUCGGCCGGCGGCGGCGGCGGCGGCGGUGGUGGUGGACCGCGGUCUUCCCGCUGGCCCGUGCUGGUGUACUUGGCCGCCGUGCUGGGCGCGCCGUACCUCAUCUACCGGCUGUUGCGCGCCAGCGGCGCCGGCCCGCAGGACACCGAGAGCUGGAAGGCCGGCGCCGGCGAGCACUUUUCGGCCGUCUGCGUGUACGACUUCAGCGGCAGUGGCGCCGGCGAGCUGAACGCACGCGCCGGCCAGCCGCUGCGCCUGGCGCCACGCCGUCUGCAGCCCCGCGUGCGCGGCUGGGUGCUCGCCUCGGACGGCAACACCGUCGGCCUGGUGCCGGCCGCCUACGUCAAGAUCCGCGGCCUGGUGCCGGCUGCUCCGCCGCCUGCUCACGCGGUGACGCCGUCGCCCGAAUGGUAG